ACUUGCGGGUGCACAGAGCUCACAGGCGCGCACGUCGCAUUGGUCACCCGCAGCGAGCGGCGCGCUUGUGGUCGGGGACGCGUUUCCGUCCGUCCUCCCGGCUCAGCCCUCAAGAUGGCCGGGAUACCACUGUACUUUGUGGACCUACAAGACGAUCUUGAUGACUUUGGCUUUGAGGAUUAUGGACCAGACUGUGAGAGUAUGAGGAUAAGUGCUUUCCUGGACAUUCCCGGACAGGACAACCUGACACCUCUUGGCCGACUGGAAAAAUAUGCUUUUAGUGAUAAUAUAUUUAACAGACAGAUCAUUGCACGUGGGUUGCUGGAUGUACUGAGAGAUUUUAGCAGCACCGAAGAUGAUUUUCUGACUGUCAUGGAGAUAGUUGUUCGUCUAUCAGAAGAUGCAGAACCCACUGUAAGGACAGAACUGAUGGAACAGAUUCCUCAGAUAACCAUCUUUCUGCAAGAGAGCCGGCCUCAGUUUCCCCGAGCAGUCACUGAAUACCUGCUGCCCAUCCUCAUUCGCUAUCUCACAGACCCCAAUAACCAGGUGAGAAAAGCAAGCCAGGAGGCGUUACUGAUACUGCUAGAGCAAGACCUUAUUGAGCAGAAUGAUCUGGAGAACAAGGUUUGCCCUAUACUGCUUGACCUCUCCGCACCAGAAAAUGAUGAUGAAUACAAAGUGGAAGCUGUGAAUAUUAUAUGUAAAAUGAUUUCCAUGCUUGGCAAACAGACAGUGGAACAAAUGUUACUGCCACGAUUCUGUGACCUCUGCAGUGAUAGCAAAUUGUUUCAAGUCCGCAAGGUAUGCGCAGCAAAUUUUGGGGAUGUGUGCAAUGCUGUUGGCCAGGAGGCUACUGAGAAGUUUUUGAUUCCUAAGUUUCUCGAGCUGUGUUCUGACAGUGCAUGGGGUAUGCGUAAGGUGUGUGCAGAGUGCUUUAUGGCCGUGUCCUACACAACGUCCAGUGAGAUAAGAAGAACAAAGCUCUCUCCUCUGUUUAUAAACCUGAUCAGUGACCCCUGCCGCUGGGUACGACAGACUGCUUUUCAGUCAUUGGGUCCAUUUAUUUCCACCUUUGCUAACCCAUCCACUGCUGGUCUGUAUGUGAAGGAAGAUGGGACACUGAGCAUUCGACCACCUACAGAUGUGUCAGGUUCCAGUGCGCUGGGCAGUACCAGUUGCUGCUCUAGCCAUGGAAUGUGUGAGUUUACAGCACACAGCCCGUCCAGCAGCAGGGAAGACCCAAAAGAAUCUCCCAAGAGAAAUAGUGCAGAGAUUACAGGUCACCCCAUGGCUGAAGAUGAAGGGAGCCACAGCAGGAGACCACCCUCCAACUGCCUCUAUACCGAGGGACGCCCUGCUGAUGUGUUUAACUCCUUCCACUUUUGGAGAAGCCCACUCCCUGACAUAAGUGAAGAGCUAGAAUUGCUGCCUGUAGAGGAGUCAAAUAAAGAUUCUGAGGAAGAAUCGGAACCCAGACCACUCUGCAAAACAUACAUGGUCAGUGACAUAGAGAAGGUUCUUCAGAGUUUGCAGGGACACAUGGAUGAUCCUGAUGUUCAAGCCCAGGUCCAGGUACUGUCUGCCGCCCUACGAGCUGCAGAGCUGGACUCUGUAACCCAGGAAGAGACGGAAAGCACACAAGAGAGCAGCCACUUGCCUGAGGAACCACCAACCAAUGUCUGCACUCAGUGUCCAAGCCCCACAAAUCAGGAACAAGCCGAGUCUGAUCUCCCCACUCAAAGUCCAAUAUCAGAAAGUGUACCUCAUUUUCCAAUUGUUACUUAUCAAGAAGAGGACAGCAGUGACUGCCUGGAAGAAGAGAUGUGUAAAAUUCAGGAUGUUGUUCCACAGCCAUUGCUAGACCAGUAUCUGUCAAUGACUGACCCGGUGCGUGCCCAGACGGUGGAUACCGAAAUUACCAAGCAUUGUGCAUACAGUCUUCCAGGGGUGGCUCUUACUCUGGGACGGCAAAACUGGCAUUUUCUUAAAGACACUUACGAGACCUUGGCUUCUGAUGUCCAGUGGAAGGUGCGACGGACGCUAGCCUUUUCCAUCCACGAACUGGCUGUGAUUCUUGGGGAUAAGUUGACAGCUGCUGAUCUUGUUCCCAUUUUCAAUGGAUUCCUGAAAGAUCUGGAUGAAGUCCGCAUUGGCGUUCUGAAGCAUCUGUACGAUUUUCUCAAGCUUCUCCAUGCAGACAUGCGUCGGGAGUAUCUCUACCAGCUGCAGGAGUUCCUCACCACAGAUAAUAUCAGGAACUGGAGGUUCCGAUAUGAAUUGGCAGAGCAGCUGACUCUCAUCCUAGAACUGUAUAGUCCCAAAGACGUAUAUGACUAUUUGCGAGUCAUUGCACUGACUCUCUGCUCAGACAAAGUGUCCGAGGUCCGGUGGAUUUCUUUUAAACUGAUUGUGGCAAUAUUACAGAAGUUUUAUGCAAGUGGUGAAAAUGAGCUGGGCGUUAACUUCAUCAAUGAACUCAUUCUGCAGUUCAGACACUCUUCCAAGUGGGUUGGACGCCAGGCAUUUGCCUUCAUCUGUCAGGCGGUGGUAAAUGAGGAAUGUAUGCCAGCAGAGCAGUUUGUUACACACAUGCUCCCCAACCUGCUGAGUCUUGCAUCUGAUCCUGUACCCAAUGUACGAGUCCUACUUGCUAAGGCACUGAAGCAGACACUCCUAGAGAAACCUUACUUCACCAGCAUGGGUAACCCACACCUGGAGGCUGUGGAGAAGACCGUUCAGGCCAUGCAGCUGGACAGAGACCAAGAUGUGCGAUUCUUUUCUGCAGCAGAGCCAAAGCGACACCUAAGCAACACCCCCCUUGAGCAAUCUGUCGACUGAUUACAUAACAACUUGUGUGUAAGGAGUUGAAAUCCUUCCAAUGGGUCUGCCAAUCCUCCUUUGUAAAAUAUCGCUGACCUCUUCUCUAACCACCACCUCAAAAAGAAAAGCAGAAAAAAAUCCAAACUUUUACUGGCAUGAAGCAUAUUUUAUCCCAUUUUAUUUAUAUAUAUAUAUAUAUAUAUAUAUAUAUAUAUAUAUAUAUAUAUUUAAAAUUGCUUUAUUUAAAAACAGAAAUGCAAUCAAAUGCAUGCAGUUGCAGUGAUGUCUGAGCACUUGUCUCAGUGACACAUAUUUUAACCCCAUCCAUUAUAAAUCUAGUCCACGAACCAAGGGCUUUACAUGUGAUUGCAGAACACAAAAAGCCAAUGUUCCUGUGUUUGUGUAUAUAACUGUAUAAGAUGGAAAGCUGUACACUAUCUACUUCUGUAAUAUGUUUUUGAAUAUAUUUUAUAUAUUUUUUUAACAAAAAAAGAAAAACAAAAAACCUGUGGUUGCGUAACUAUAGGGGGAGGAGGGAUAUAUGAUUUAUUGUGAAAUUUUGUUAACAAAAUGUAAAACAUGGGUCAUACAGGCUGGAGUGCCCGCUCUGACAGAGAUGGGGGAUUACUGUACAAAUAUCAAAUUGAAUGCCAUGUAACAUUCCAAUCUGUAUUUAUUUUUCAACGCUGUUUUAUUAUUUAUCUCCUUGACAGUGGAGUUACAGUAACUUGUAAGGCCAGCAAACAUCAAGAUAAGGAAAAUUUUUAAAAUCCAAAAGCCAUUUCAGUAUAUUAGAUGUUUUGUAAUGGUCUUCAUUUUACUCUGGAGAAAUCAUUUCGAUUAUACGUCUUGAAUAUUCGGAUAUCUAAUCAGAUAAACAAAGUGUGAUUUAUUUUUUUUAAUUAGGUUUCACACAGGGAAUAUAUAUGAAAAGUUUAAAAGCAAAACUAGUAUUCUCUUUCGGAACUACCAAUUUACUGUUCGCUUUCAUUUUCUAAAGUGCACUACAAAAUAGUUAGAAUGUUAUUUGAUGCUAUGGGGAAGACCAGAGUUUUCCUGUACACUAGGUAUCAGAAAUGUUUCAGAUAUUGCAUUUUAAAGGAGUUACUCCAUUUUCUUCCCUAUUUUGCAGCAAAACUCUCCCACUUACCAAUCCUGUACAAUAAAAGGCUAACGCCUAGAUGGCGCCUGACAGAGCAAAUCAAGUGUUCCUUCAUUUGGCCACGCACAGCCGCUGGCGCUGACAUUACCGUUAUGUUGUUUUGUCAUUUUGAUUGGCUGGUAACUAGUCUAGUAUAAUUAUGUGGGUCCUUUCCCCUGGAAAUCCCACUAUUACAGCACCUUCCUAUCCCUUCUCCAGAAUGGAGACUUCUAAAAGUGAAUGUGUGCAAGUUGUUAAGAUACUGAUAAUUGAGUCAUUUCAGACAGUCUCUACAACCUGCAUAAGUCCUGCUCAUUUGUAUAUUCUUCUGAAAGUAUUACAUCUUCCUAAUGGGUGAAUUACCUAGCCAAGUGUAAUUGUAUUUGGGAAGGGACUGUAGUAAAGCUAGGCAAUAGCUUAGGGCAUAAAGACUUAAAGAGGCUCCUAAAUCACUGAUAUGAUGUGAUAUAAUGGUACGCUUUCUGUGGUGGUGUUUUUUUUGUUUUGUUUUUUUUACAAGGCACCUCAUACUGAGUGCCGGCCACUAACCUGGAGGAGCUGCAACUGGAAGAGGGUUUUUGACAUAGGGGCAAGGGCCGUGCAGGUACUGCUACAGGUUCUGCUUGUUUGGGUGGGGGUUGCUGUAAAAUAUAAUUAGCUCAGAGUUAUCUACAGUUCAUCUAUCCCAAUCUCAUCAUAAUAAGCACAACAUCGAGCUAUUGCUUUCGCUUGUAGGAGUUAUUCAAUAAGAUACCCUAAAAUGGACAUAUGUGUAUGUGUGUAUGUAUAUAUAUAUAUAUAUAUAUAUAUAUAUAUAUAUAUAUAUAUUUUAUUGUACAGAAUUCUAAUAAUACAUGGCACAGCAAUAGGGUGUGGGUAGGGAUUCUAAUCCUGGUUUUAAAAUCCUAGAAUUUGUGAUUACCAGGACCGACUCUUGAGAUCCCAGGUUGUUAUUAAAGGGAAAAUAUUAGGUAGUACUCUAUUAUGAAAGUAUGUAAACUCCCCAGGCUUCUCAGUUACUAGGCAGUAGCUAUUUACAUUUACUUGCAUAAUCAGAUUAUAUAUAAAGGUAAAUGGUUUUAAAAUGAUUUUUGCAAAGCUUUAUUUGAAAUAAGGAUUUUUGUUUACAUGUUUUGCAAUGGACAAGCAGCAUGUAUUGAAAGUAGUCACAGUGUCAUUCGGGGAUAAAUCAAGGUUUAUGCUUAAUAUCUGACUUUGUAAGGGAAGUAUCUUUUGAAUAUUCAACUUUACAUUUAUGUCCUAUCUGCUGUAAAUAGAUUGUCCCAGCAAAAUAUACACAGAAAGUUGCUAUGUCUCCAUGACGCACACAAAAAUCCACUGAAUACAGUAUUAUUCCACACAGCUAUGGGGUGAUGCAAUUACAUUAUUAGUUAGCUGAUAUUUUACAUGUAUAAGCAUGUGUGUGUUAAAAACUUUAGCCAUGCCAAUAUCGUAUAAGAAUCUUUGUGUUUUCUGGACAGCGCUAGUUGAAAUGUUAAAAACGCUCUUGCUUUACUUUUACAUGCAUACGGUUGCACAAAUUCUGAUACAGAUCUCAAGUGGUGCUGUUUUUUGUUAAAGGCAUGACCACGUGGGAAUGCACAACCGUUGUCAAUGCAAAAAAUUUCACAUAAAUUGCAAAAUUCCACAAUGACUGCGUACCAAUUUUCACAUGAUAGCAAUGUAACACUUUUAGAAACUAGAAGAGUAGUGGUAGAUGCAUGGCACAAGCUUCCAGCAAAUCGAGUUGAAAAAAAUAUUCAUAUAUUUUUACAUUCCUACUUUGGAGGCCAAUUAUUUCAUACCUGAUUACAAUUGGUGUGAUGCAAAAGCAGUGGUUUAUUUCCCCUUCAUAAUACAUCUUGUUAAAGAGGGCAACUGUUGUCUUGCAAGUAUAGUUGCUCUCUUAGAGAACAUCCUCACCAUGUUCCACCACUAGGAAGUAUAAAGGGGGUCAUUCCAAGUUGAUAGCUCGCCAGCAACUUUUUUUUGCAGCGCAGCGAUCAGAUAAUCGCCGCCUAUGGGGGGAGUGUAUUUUAGCUUUGUAAGUGUGCGAACACUUUUGCAGCCGACGGCACAAAAAAGUUUUUUGCAGUUUGAGUAGCUCUGGACUUACUCAGCCACUGCGAUCACUUCAGUCUUUUUGGUCCCGGAAUUGACGUCAGACACCCGCCCUGUAAACUCUUGGACACGCCUGCGUUUUUCCAAACACACCCAGAAAACGGUCAGUUGACACCCACAAACGCCCUCCUAAAGUCAAUCACCUUGCAAUCGGCUGUGUGAAUGGAUUCUUCGUUAAAUCCAUCGCCCAGCACCGAUCCUCUUUGUACCCGUACGACGCGCCUACACAAUGUGGUGCAUGCGCAGUUUGCCGAGAUUUAACCUGAUUGCAGCGCUGCAAAAAGUUGCUAGCGAACGAUCAACUCGGAAUGACCCCCAAAGUCCUGAGAAAUGUACCAGUUUUCCCAUUUCUUAAAUUGGCCCACUACAACAUCCUUUUUAUUACAUGACAUAAUAGCAGAUGUACACAACAAGUGUGUGGCAAGACUGAGCUAUAGCUUUCUCAGGGAUCAUGGGGAUGAUAGAACAGUAAUGAGGCAGCAUAAUUGUCCCAGGUGUCACUAUAUGGUAUAACGUUGCAAAGUCUUGUUUUUAUCCAUUUCGUUGCAGUGUAUCUUCAGUCUAUUAAUAUACUGCGUUUACAUACAGCAUUGUACUUCACAGUUGUGUUUGGACAAUUGCAUUUUCCUUUGCACUAAUUUCAAUGUAUAUACACCCACAACUUAAAUUUGUUCCAAUUGUCAUAUUUUUGUGCAAACAGCAGUACACACUAACUGAAGUGCAAGGGGAAAACACAAUGCAAGAAGAUCAUGGAAACUUGCCAGUCUUUUGCUAUAGAUUGGUUCUUGUUUUGUCUCCUUUUAGCCAUUUUGUAAGGUGAAACAUUUUUAACCUUGAACCUUAGUAGUUUAUCCUUGUGGCUCAUGCAAGUGAUGUAACUUGUUCUUGCCUGCACUGCAGGUCGACAACUUUACACAGUGCUUCUUAACGGCUAGUUAAUUAAUAUGCCAGAAAAUAAUUUGAAGUGAUGUUAAGUAACUCCUAGGAGCACACAUUUAUAAUGUCAAAAGAUAUGAAGACAUGUUAUGGAAAAGUUGGAAAUGGCACAUAGCAUAUGCUUUAAAACUAGUGAUGAGCGGAUUCGGUUUUACUCGGUUUUACUCGGUUCUCAAAACCGAAUCUUAUUGGCUAUCCAAACCACGUGACAUCAGUGAGCCAAUAAGAUUCGGUUUUGAGAACCGAGUAAAACCGAGUAAAACCGAAUCCGCUCAUCACUAUUUAAAAUGUGUUUAUAAGUAUGAAAUGGAUUACAGAACACUUUUGCUAUCCCAUGUUAAAUAUGUCUUGUUUUAACACUCUUAAUAAUGGGCCGUUUUCUGACUUGUAGUAAUAUUUUAGUGCUGCAUUUAAGUUUCUAAGGCCCAUACACACUGGGCGAUUUUGAGCUGAAAGCAGCUCACUUUUGGUGUGUUGAGCUGCUUUCAGCUCAGAGCCGCCCAGUGUGUAUGCACAAGCGAUGCGCGCUCCCGCUUCAUUGCUGGCGGCCGCCGUUCAUCUACUAUUAUUACCAGUAGAUGAAAAGCGGGGUGAGCUGCUUUCCAUAGCGUCCUGCUAUUGAAAGCCGUUCACCCCUGCUGACAUCGCUGGGCAGAGAGGAAAAGCACUCAGUGUGUAUGCACCUUAAGUAAGUUAUCACCACACAAAAUGAAAGUCUGUAGUAAAUCUCCCACAGAUGGGAAUUAUACUGUCAUCUGUAUGUCACUGGCCUCCUCCAUUCAUAGAUCUAGGACCUGUAUGUUUUUGUUUAUUCUUAAUAUUUUCACUGUAUUUUAUAUUUUUAAAUGGGGGAGGGGAGGGUUGUUUCAUGAUCAUUUCUUAUAUUUACAAUACAAAAGUUAGCAAAUCGGCAGCUACCAGUUGAAAACUGUGUUGUAAUAUCAGUAGUGCACUUUCUAUGGAACAGAAUCACCUCAGUCAUUGUUAAGGUACAAAUUGUUCAGUGUUGAAUAUUUUAACACUCCUGUAGAGCGUCUUAUUUUCAAUGCAUCUUUUACGUAUUAUAAAGUCAGCACUUAACUUCAUUUCCAUGGAUUGGAAACAGACUGUUCCAGCAGCCAUAUCAGCUGCUCAUUUAUGAUGGACACUUCAAGUGAUCUGCACCCUACCUUAACAGCAGUGUAUUAUACAUAGUGUUCUGGAAACCAGUUUCUAUUAAUCUCAAUAAAACUAGAUUUCUAUUUAUGAAA